GGCCGGCGGCCAUCUUGUAAGAGUGUCUCCUCCGUAGUGUUUGGAGGUUUCGCGAGACGGGACGGCAGCUAACUCCGCCGGAGGCUGGAAGUGCUGCUGAAGUGGUCGCAACGGUCCUUGGCAGUCCCUGGGCGUCCAGGUGACUUCGCGCGAAGCCAGGGUACCAUCGAGCCGCCGGGACAGCCGCCAGCGGAUCCUCCUGCGCGCCCGAAUCCGUCGAAAGAUGAGUUCGGCUUCGACCGGUGGUACGGAGGGGUCUAGUCCAGCCUCUAGCCCUGCCUCGGCCGCGAGUCUCACGAUGGCUGCGCCGAAAUACGGUACGCUGGUGCCUAAUCGUAUUUUCGUGGGUGGCAUCUCGGCCAGCACCAGCGAAGCGGAACUCGCCCAACUCUUCUCGGCCUACGGCAACGUCAAGGCCACGAAAAUUAUCUCGGAUCGCGCCGGUGUCUCCAAGGGUUACGGCUUCGUCACUUUCGAAACGGAGGAGGAAGCGAAGCGUCUUCAGCAAGAGUCCGAAUGCAUCGUCCUGAGAGAGAGGAAGCUCAACAUAGCGCCCGCGAUCAAGAAGCAGCCCUUCAACAGAUCUUUCGACGGUGGUUCCGGUUCGCCUCCUUCCGUGCCUACGAGUACUUACUAUUAUACGAACGGUAUGGGUCUCGCUUAUCAGAACGGCAUGACAUUCUAUAACACGGCAGCUCCUGCACCGGCAACUUCCAUUGCUCCGCCGACGGACCCGGGAACGAUUUAUCAAGCUACCGGAGUGUUCGGUCCUCAAGCGGCUACCGGCCAUCAGACGUUCGCUCCUGUGAUGUAUCCGUGCCCAGCGCCGGCGUCGUUGUAUAUGCCGCAGCAAUACCAGUAUUCGCCUAUGCCGUACGAAACAUACUACGCAGGAGCAGCCGCCGCUGGGGCACCCCAAUACUUGUACGCUACUGGCAGUUCGCAGAGCAACACGAGCGGUGGCGGCAAUAAUUCCGGCAGUGGCAAUAAUGGUACAGGAGCGACUAGCCCGCCGACGGCGGGCCCACCGCCGCCUCUCCCAUCUCUGCCUCCUCCACCUCCGACGCACUUUUACGCUCCUGCUGCACCGCCCCCACAUCAUCAUCCACCGGUGCCCGCGGGCCCGCAUCCUCCCCCAGCACAGGUGGAUCAUCUGUACUACUCUUUUGCAGCUGGCCCACCGCCCCCGCCGCACGCACCUAUGGGACUGACCGAGCAGCAGCUGUUGUUGUACGCUACGGACGCGUCGUGCCAGCAAACCACCACGUCUGACGGUCAGGCUGCUCCGCAGGAGGAUUCACGUCCGACGGCGAGCCACUCGGAGCAACCGCACGGUGAGGCGCAGGCUGCCUCAGCCGCAACAACACCUCUGGUGUCCCUAAUGCCCGUGAAAUUCCCCGUGUCCGGUCGUUACGCUAAUUACCAACCGAUCGCGAUACACACCGCCGCCGCCAAUUUGCACGGCGCGCAAAACUGUUCGAGCGAUUCCGACGACUGCACCGCCGCCAAUGCGCCGAUGCAUUGCCGCACGAUCGUCUACCACCCGGCCACCGUGUACAUUCCACACGCACCGCCGCCUUACCACGGCGCCUCCGGCAACGCUAGCCUGCUGCCGACGCCGUACUCGGCGAGCUCGCCGCAUCAGUCGUACGAGAACGCGAAGACGCACCACAGCAACUCGAGAGACGGCGGCGGUGGCGGCAAGUACACGGGGCUCACCGGCGGUCAAGGGGGCGGCUACGCGAAGGGGGGUCAACAGAAUCACGGCUACCAUCCGUUAACGCAUCAUCAGAAGUCGCAGCAGGGCGGUUCGCACAAUCACAACAACAACAACAAUGGCAAGUGUAGUGGCAACGGGGCGGCGGACGGGUCACACAAAUACCAGACGAUAUCGAUGUCGUCGCGAUUACCAAUCCCGUACAAUAAUAAGAGAACGGCUGGGUCGAACGUGGGCUCGCCGGCGGCCUGCUUCCUCAAGUCCGGCGGCGGCGGCGGCGGCGUNUACGGGUCGGCCGCGCACAGGGUCAAUCUCACGGCGUCCAACUACGGCGGCAAGCCGGUGGCUAACUACGUGAACGCGUCGUCCGGCUACGAGCAGCACGCUGCGAACGGGCGCAAGAGCUACGACGACCAGACGACCUACUACGAGAUCGGCAAGUCGAUGAGUGGCUCUUACGGUCGCAAGGGCAUGUCGAACAACAACGGCUACAGAGGAGGCGGCCGGUUGGACACGUACGCGAGUGACAGCAACGGUCGACCUAACGACGUCGGCUACGACGCCGCUUCGCAAACGGCGGACGGCGUCGCCGGUACGACGCUACCCGCUCACCUGUCUUCGGCCAACAACGCGGAUACUCAGGAGAAGCCGGCGGCGAGCCCACCGCCAGCCCCCUAUUCACCCAUGACACGGCCCCUUCCUACUAUCUCACCACCCACCCCCCAGGUCCAGUUUUACACCACACCGACUCAGACCCGUUACCAACAAUCCUCGUCCAUGUCCCCGUCCCAAACGCCCCUCGGCGGUCAACAGCAGCGCGGCCGCUACUCGGUCGCCCAGACGUUAUCGUCCGCCAAUCGGAAGCCGUCCGACAAGUACUCGAGCACCGGCUCGCAGACGAUGCUGCGGCAGCCCAAAUACAAGGUGAACGGUAUAAUGCAGCCGACGACGACGACGCCGGCGGUCAAGCUCAACGACGACAGCCUGGGAGGCGCCGGCGACGGCCCGGCCAACAGGAUGCCGAUAACGCCGCCCGGCACUCCGCGCGGCCAUCCGGCUGCCGGCGAUCAGAUGAGCGAUCAAUUGAGCGAUACGUGCCAUCAAAUGCAGGCGCUGACUCUGUAGGACGCUUCCCCCCGCCAUUUCUUUCGCGUCUUCGCCCUCUUUGUUGUCUUUUUAUCGAGAGAGUAUGUUAUCUUAGAAGAGCGGAGAAUGAGAGAGAGAGAGAGAGAGAGAGAGACCAUGCGCGACCUAAAGCGACGGCUACAAACUGUGAAAACAGAUGCGACACAUACACCCAUGCAUGCACACACAACACACUCGCUCAUAAAAGCAUACGCAGGCACACACAUGAAACACAUGCAAACACGCUACGGUAUAAUAUCCUCUGGUGAUCUCAGACCCAACAUGCGAUACGGUAACUAGAAGACGUUCGCUGUAGAAAAACGAAACCUUUCCCCGGUUCUUGAUCGCGAUAACUAGCCGAUCUGUGACGAGUGACUCUUACGGACCUGCACACGUGUGAACGCGAUCACGGCUACGAAUAUUGUUAAUUGUUACAUGGUGGUUGAUGAAGAGAGGGACGGAGAAAGAGAGAGAAAGAGAGGGAAAGAGAGAGACGGAUGUACCUAUUGUUGUAAAAUCUUCGCGCGAGUUGAAGUGAUCUUCAAGUGGGAAGUGCGUGGAAGAAAAUUAAGAGAGAAAUGAAACUUCAGUCUCUUAAUAGGUACAUAAUACGCGCAGGUACGAUGCGUCGUUUACAUACACCUACAUUAUAUAUUACAUACUACGCAUAAUAUUACAUACUACUACAGUAUCCGAUGUUAUAUGCGUGAUAGGCUCGACAAACCAUGAAUCUCGCGAGCAAGGCUAGAUUAGUUAGCAAAAGAUAGAACCGAGAAACAAACGAAGAAAAAAAUGAAGAAAACAAAUAACGUUGUUAUCGUACAAAGACGAGCGAUUUUGUCAUGUGUUCAAAAGAAAAAAAAACAAACAAA